AUGGCUGCCGAUUUAGCAUUUGGUUCCGUGCCUCCGUAUUAUCGGGAGGUUUACAAUAUAGUGUGUCCCACUCAAGAAAGCAAGGUGGACCGUGAUAUGUUUGUGAGGCUGUUGAUGAAGUCAAGUUUGCCAAAACAGACCUUGUCCGAGAUAUGGGAUGUUGUAGACAGCAAACAAGGUUAUCUUACAAGAAAUGGUCUGUACAAAGCACUCGCACUUGUUGCAUUGGCACAGCAAGGAAAAUCAAUCAAUGAAAAAAUAUUGGAAACAUACUCAGACCAAGAGUUACCCAAGCCAUCAUUAGGUGAUCUCUCAGACCUGAAAUCACUUAGUAUUCAAGUGAGAAGAGAACACAACCCUAACUUACUGGGUUAUUCAUACCAUGAACUAUGCGACUUAGACAAUAUAAAAGUAGAACUAGCACCAGAAAAGAGAGGAUUAAUUUUAAAACAUAACGAGUAUGAAGUCACUAGCCAGGCAUUUAAAUCUACAGCAAUGCGACGUUACAAUGAUUUUUUAGCUUUUCAAGAAAUGUUACUGCAGAGAUUUCCCUAUCGACUUGUACCAAGGUUACCACCAAAGAAAAUGCUUGGAGCUGAUCGUGAAUUUAUUGAAGCGAGAAGGAAGUCGCUGCGUAGAUUUCUAACGUUAGUUUCUCGUCAUCCAGUGUUUCGUGAUAGUCCUAUUCUUAAAUUUUUCUUCACGUUUCAAGGAUCUGAUAUGCAACAUAAAUUGAAAGAAUUAUUUCGUGGAAUUCCAGAUGAAUUCAUGACUAGUUGUCUGGCAGCGCAAGCCAAGGACUUGGUUCCCCUUGAUACUCAGCUUCAGUUUGGGAACGCCAAGGAACAAAUCCGUGCCAUGUUUUCGGCAUUUACAAAAAUGAAGGAAAUGGCGGAGCGAAUGGCAAGAAGAUCAGCAGAACAAGCUAGUGAUAUGUUACUAGUCUGUAAAGAAUUAACUUAUCUUUCGCAAGACACACCACCUUCGUCAGCCUGGGCAUGCGGUAAUAACGACACAUGGUCUGAUUUGAAAAGAGGAUUUAAACCAUUAUCUGUGGAGUUUGCUGGCAUUGCAGAUAAAUGUGCACAACAGAGUGCAAGAGAAGAGGACACUGUAGUGGAAAUGAUGAAUUUGUUUUUAGAUCUUCUCACAUCAUUUAGGGACUUGUGUGAAAGACAUGAAAAAGGUGUGUUAAAAGAUCACCAGACUGCCUUAGCGAGGAUAGGUAAUAUGAAAAAGAAAAAGAUGACUGCAACCAUAAAAGGACAGGAACAGGCCGGUACUGUGGAACAGUUGGAGUCCAGAAUUAUUGAGCAAGAGAGUGAGAUCAUGAACAUGGAGAACAGGAAUUACUUUUCAUUACAUUGUUUACAAAUGGAAACGCAGUUAAUACAUGCCAACGUGGAGGUCAUUGCUGAAAUAUUUCAAUUAUUGGUUCAUAUUGAAGUAAAAGGAUCACGAGAAAUCAAUUCAUUAUGGGAAGAUCUUCAACCUAAAGUCAACAACCUUAUACCACGGGAUGUCAGUAACGCCACUUCUAACCCCGGUAGUCCCGUCACGUCACCUCUCGCAUCGCCAACAUCAGAACGCGUACUCUCCUUUCCUUAGAACACAGGAAUGGUAUCCAUGUGCAAUUUGUAUGAUAGUUACAGAUCAACUUUUAAAGUCACUAGCGAAAUAUGUUUAUUUUAAAAAGUGAAGGAAGAGAGGUUAAUUAGAGUGCAGGGGGAAAAUUUUUCUUUAAACAUCUGGGAAGACAUUUUAUUUAAAUAUCUUAUUUUAUGUUUCUUAUAUUUGCAAUGCAGCUGGAGUACGCUUAACUUUUC